AUGGACACACACGGGACCCUAUCGAAACUUACGGCAGCACAGUCUGCUAGUAUAGAUGAUUUGCGAGAUGUCUGGAACUGGAACAAGGUAGUCCCAGAAACUGUCGACAACCGGAACCCGAGCGCGCCUGCCAUAUGCGCAUGGGAUGGUGAUCUCACUUACGGCGAGCUUGAAGCUGUUGCCCACAAACUUGCUCGGAAUCUGGUCAGCCUUGGUGUGGGACCUAAGGCCGUUGUCCCUCUCUUUUUUGAGAAGUCAAAAUGGAUGCCAGUAUCGAUGCUUGCGGUGAUGAAGGCAGGUGCAGCAGAGCGUCUGCGCAUGUCUGUUGCGCAGACUGAACUGUCCAAGCAGCUCACGGACAAGCCCAUGCCGGCAGUCGAGAUGCCAGAUGUAGACCCUUCGGAUCAGCUGUAUAUUGUGUUCACAUCUGGUAGUACUGGAGUGCCCAAAGGUGUCAUCAUCACACACUCUAACUUCAGCAGUGCUAUUCAACAUCAGCAGACUUACAUGGGGUUCAAGAGCACUUCGCGGGUGUACGACUUCGUCAAGUAUGCCUUCGACGUCACUUGGUCGAAUUUCUUACAUAUAAUGACUAGUGGUGGAUGCCUGUGCAUCCCAUCUGAAACCGAAGCGAUGGACAAUCUAGCCAGCUCCUUCUUGAAGUACAAAGCGAAAUUUCCGGAUGACCUCCCUGGCCUAAACCACAUAUUGUUCAGUGGUGAAGUCCUGCCUACACAUAUUGGCGCUCAGUGGGCUGAACGAGCGACUGCAACUUUGGCAAAAAUCGGCGAGAAUAAAGCACAAGUUGGCAACAUCGGACGCGGAUUCGGAUUGAACACUUGGAUCGUGCAGCCUACCAACCACGACAAGCUUAUACCGAUCGGUGCUGUUGGAGAGGUUCUACUAGAGGGUCCUCUUAUCGGGGCCGGUUACCUUGGAGAUGCGUCAAGAACACAGGAAGCUUUCAUUGAAAAUCCUCCUUGGCUUAUCCGUGGGAUGCCGCACGACGCCUCAUCUGGCGCUGCAGGUCACCCUGGUCGUUGUGGUCGAUUGUAUAAGACUGGGGACCUAGUAAGAUAUGAGCCUGAUGGGACCAUGGCCUUCGUUGGUCGCAAUAAUGCUCAAGUCAAGAUCAAUGGGCAGAGAGUAGAGCUCGGUGACGUCGAGUAUCAUGUUCGAAACAGCAUUACCAUUGCCGAUAUUCAAGUCCAGGUGUUCGCUGAGAUACUCACACCAUUCCAAAGCGAUACAUCGAUCCUCAUAGUCUUCGUUCAUGUUGUCAAUGAGCGACACGCUGACAACAGUGCGCGCGACCUUACUGGACAGGGUACCAGCAUCCUCGCCGGUGUGAAUGGGAGACUAGCGGCGCAGGUCCCUGUUCAUAUGAUUCCAUCUGCCUACCUGAUGCUGAAGGAGUUGCCUAUAACGACUACGGGAAAAGUUCAUCGUCGCCGGCUCCGUGAAAUUAGGAAAGAUCUAACAUUCGAGCAGAUUAUGUCACUUAGUUCUGGUACUAGCGGACCCCAACAGCCCUGUACAGAUACAGAGCAGCAAUUGCGAAGCCUCUGGGCUCAAGUGCUCAGUGUCAAGACGUCAGGCACCAUUAGAAUAGAUCACAAUUUCUUCGAAAUCGGAGGAGAUUCAAUCAGAGCCAUGAAACUAGUGGGCCUGGCUCGUAAGGAAGGGCUUCAUUUAACCGUCAAAAGCAUCUUCAAGCGGCCGAUACUUCAGGACAUGGCAAAUUCGACAGGCCAGGUCUCCGGUCUCGAGGAGGACGAGAUACCUCCAUUCUCACUGCUUAAUACCACAAAAGAUUCAGUAAAGCUGUUGGAACAAACCGCAAAACUGUGUCAAGUCGACCUUGCUCAAAUCCAAGACAUCUUUCCGUGCACUCCGCUGCAGGAAGGUCUUCUAGCGCUCACGGCAAAAAGAUCUGGCGACUAUACUGCUCAGUAUAUCCUGCCCUUACGACCCUUAGUUGACCUCGCACAAUUUCAACGCGCGUGGGAGGAAGUGCUGAGAACGACUCCAACUCUGCGUUCCAGGAUCGUGGACCUUGCGGAUCAGGGACUUGUACAGGUCAUUAUUGAUGACAAUGUUCAACGGUCUCAUUACACUAGUGUUAGCGAGUAUCAAGAAGUCCACAAAAACGAAGGAAUUGGUCUGGGCAAGCCACUCGCUUACCACGAUACUUCUGCUCUGCAGCCUGCUCCUGCCUUUAACCGCUUCGUCAAACACAUUCUUAGCCUCGAAAAGGAAGAUUCUAACAGCUUCUGGCAAGCAAGAUUUGCUGGAUUAGAAGCGCAGUUGUUUCCACCAUUACCUUCAGCAAUGUAUGAACCAAGAGCGGAGUCGUAUGUCAUUCAUCAUCUCCAAGAUAUCACAUGGUCUCGGUCGAGUAUCACCGCUGCUACAGCAAUCCGCUCCUCGUGGGCGAUACUCACAGCUCGCCUCACGAACUCGAGUGACGUGGUCUUCGGCAUUAAUGAGAUGACAGGUCCCACUCUCGAAACUCUGCCCGUACGAAUGAUCUUUGACUGGGACUAGUCCGUUAAAGUAUACCUGGAUUAGUGUUGUCGGAAGGUACUUUGAGUGAGAGACACUGCUUCCUAAACGGGACUAGUGUCUAAACGGUU